AUGUUAGUGCGGCAGAGUCCUAAAGUAGCGUAUAUGGUCACACGUCGACUGAAGUAAAGGUUGUUACACACGCGUGCGGUGCGACGACGCAACGCAGCAGUCACUGAUGCGAGUCAGUAAAAAAUUGCGUGACUAAUUCCAAGAAUGUUCUACAUGUCGAUCCCCGUCUGCUUCCUGGUCAUCGGCGCGGCCCUGUGCGCCCCGGAGCGUUUGCAGCACGAACGUGACCCAGGAGAUGCGCGUGAUUCGCACGAAACUGACCCCCUGCACGUAACUGACCCCGAGCACAGAACUGACUCAAUGCACAUCGUGCCACUAGAGAAACGGUCGCCGCACUAUGAUUUCGGGCUUGGAAAGAGAGCGUAUAGCUACGUUUCGGAGUAUAAGAGGCUGCCUGUCUACAACUUUGGAUUGGGGAAGAGGUCAAGGCCGUACUCCUUCGGCCUCGGCAAGCGGUCAGUGGACGAGGAGCAGUCUGAAGAGCAGUACCCGAGCGACAUCGAUCAAGACGCCUUGGCUGAAUUCUUCGACCAGUACGAUGACUCGCCAGUGUACGAGAAACGCGCUCGGCCCUACAGCUUCGGUUUGGGGAAGCGCUUCGCUGAUGAUGUUGAACUGUCGGAAGACAAGCGGGCGAGAGCAUACGACUUCGGCUUAGGAAAACGGCUACCACUGUACAACUUUGGCCUGGGCAAACGAGCUAGGAAUUACAACUUUGGCCUUGGCAAACGGCUAAGCAGCAAGUUCAACUUCGGCCUAGGAAAACGGGAACGGGACAUGCAUCGGUUUAACUUUGGACUUGGGAAGAGGUCCGCGGAUGAUCUGGACGACAGCGAAAAUACCGGAGUUUGAAUCAUUUACUUUUGUGUUUCCCGGAGAGAGCUAAAGUUGAACAAUACUUCGAAUUCCCGUUAUUCCGUUUUUUUAUUUUGGUCCCCUGCAAAAAGCGUCUACGGGAAAAGAAUUCGCGCUGUUUUAAUUCAAAGUGUGACUCGCUCACAGUUCUUUAUAAAAACAUGUCUUUAUUCCUUCCGCCUCUACUGUGCUUUUGCAAAACAUUUUCGACUAAGACCUUUAGUUAAUUAAGGAUUCUCUUGUGAAAUACCCAGCCAAUUUUCACAAGACAAUCAUGCACAAAUUCACUCCUUUUUUAAACUCUUUUUUUUAUAUUUACUGAAUUUAUUAUUUACAAUUUAUAUUUUUUAAACCAUAAAUCCCUUAACUCUAUUUUAGCUCUCUCCAAAGUUUAUAUUUUACUCCUCUAAAACUCGGACUGUUAAUAAAUUAAUCAUUCUCUAAGCUGUAUAAGUAGAUAAACAUCGUAAUUCUAAAGAACAAAAUAUUUUUAUGAUAUAUAACAGUAUUUUCCAUCUUAAUAAAAAUGAAAAAUCCAAAUUGUAUCGACCUUUGAAUCACUGAAACUCGACGUCAAAUUAAAAUUAAUAAUUAUUUUAAGUUGAAUUCUGUAAAUUAUUGUUAUAAAU